AUGUUGAGCGAAAUUUUUGUAGUUCACGGACUCUGUGAUAUACUCGUAACUGAUCAGGGAAGACAAUUCAUGAGCCUACAAUUUCGUGAGUUUUGCGAAAAGAACGGAAUACGACACAAGACGGGAGGGCCUUUUCAUCCGGCUACUAAUGGUCAGGCCGAAAGAUACGUGUGUACUAUCAAGGAAAAAUUAGAAGUAUUGAGAGAAGUAGAUAAAUCCGAACUAGAUCAGAAACUUUGCAGUAUUCUGCUAAACUACCGCCGAACUCCACAUGCCACCACGGGUGUUUCACCUAGUGUGAAACUUUUCAAUCGACAGAUUAAGUCAAGACUGGAUCUAAUUGUUCCGCGAGAAGACAUAGUAAAGAGCUCCUCUGAGGUUACCACGCGUAGGAAUUUUCAAGAGGGAGAAAGAGUUGCAGCACGUAAUUACGGUAGCUGGGGUGCCAAAUGGAAAUUCGGGAGGAUUUCACAAAGAUUGGGAAAAGUCCAUUACUUUAUCAAGUUAGAUGAUGGUAGAGAAUGGAAGCGGCAUGUUAAUCAGUUGAGAAAGGUAGGAAAUGACGUGAGUAGAACAGAAAAUGUCGGUAGUAGCAGAUCAGGGGGUGUUGAAGAAGAUGAGAGUAUCAUUGGUGAAGGUGGAGGUGUACCGGAAACUCCACAAAUCGAAAAUGCGUCCAACAGUCGGGAAGAGAAAGAGCAGGACAGUAUUAGAUUGGAGCAAGAUGAGCAGGAGUUAAACGAACAUAACCCUGUAGGUAAAGCUCGAGCAGUCUCAACUGAUAGUGAUGGGGAUUCAAGUGAAUUUGAAGAUGCUGAAGAUCAGCUGGGUAGUACAGAUGAAGAACCAUCGAAAGCGAUGCCCCCUCCCCAAUCUGUUGAAGUUUUUGAACCUCGUCGUUCACAAAGAAUAAUCAAAGCUCCGAACCGCCCUAACCUCUGA